CUAAUUUCAACUUGGAGAUCAUCUCUGGUGCUAUCCGUACUCUCAAAUGAACAUCGGCUAAAAUGACGACAACGUGUCGCAAGUUUGAGGGACAGUGCGCUGUAGCGUUUGUUAAAAAUUUCCCACCCAUAACAGGUUAGGAAGGUAUCCACCCUUCGUAUUUGUAGCACCUGGUCAGGGGUAGACAGGCACGAAAAGGCACCAAGAUAUCACGUGCGUCAAUGUCCUCGAGGUAUACCACAUUUCCUGCAGCAUGCAACAAGAAGGGAAGGAAGGCAAAAAGAGGGAAAGAGAUAUGCACCCAUUGCCUGCCGCGUUCCUAUCCCCUUUUGCGACCAGCGUCUAAUACGGAUUCCCGGCGAUGCCAUGGUGAUCAAGCUAGUUCCUCAGAGAUUCCCCAAGGCACUUCCGGUGCUGGGAGCCGUUGUCCUGCUCAUCUUUUUCCUAACGGCAACGAGACUGCGCCAUGGCUCGUUUCUGCCCUCUUCUGUAUCCACAGACCAGAAUGGCAAAGGCGGGAGCGUCCAGAACAAAAAUCGUCCGAUGCAGCGGCCGAAACUGGCUCCCGGGACAUGCUUACCAGAGAUUGAGUUCUUGCGCCGUGUGGAGCUCGGCCUCAGCGACAAGAUAGCCUACUCGCGCCGAUGCGUCAAGCCCAUUCUCGACCCCAAAUACGACCGCGAUACCGUCGCCAACAUCACCCACCCGCUCAUAACUCACAGGACCACCGUCGACUUGAACUCCUGUUCCCACUCCGACUUCAUCCCCUGCGACCACCUCCCACUGAGCGUUCCGGCACCCUAUCCGCACAAGACUUACGACCACAUCACCUUCGGCGUCGCCUCCUCCUUCGAGCGCCUCAGUGACUCGCUCCCGGCCUUUGCUCACUGGCUCGCAGGAACCGGCGCCCUCCUCGUCGCCGUCGUCUCCGACGCCGACAGCCCAGACCCCAAGUUCAACCUCACGGCGCUCGAAGUGAAGUACAGGGCCCAGGGAGUGACCGCCUCCUUCAUCCCGCCGAUACUGAAGAAGGAAAGCCCCGGCGAUCCCGACAUUACCGUCGAACGGCACCAUUUCAUGCUGAUCCGCAAUCUUCUCGACGUCGCGACGGAAAAAACGAAGUGGCUGGGCAUCCUGGACGAUGACACCUUCUUCCCAUCGAUGUACCCGCUCGACCAGGAGCUCAGGAAGCACGACCAUAAAAAGUCGCUGUGGCUUGGUGCCUUGUCCGACAGCUUCAGCAGCGUCAAGAAUUGGGGUUACAUGGCAUACGGCGGCGCGGGUGUCUUCCUCUCCAAGCCCCUUGCGCAGGAGAUGAACCCCCACCUGAAGGAGUGCAUGGACGAGGCGACGAUUGAUACGGGAGACGGAUUCUUGCGCGACUGCAUCUAUACCCGCACGCACGCCAAGCUGACCCAGGUGCCGGGCCUGCACCAGCAUGACACCCGCGGGGACAUGUCGGGCUUCUUUGAGAGCGGCGUCCGGCCGCUCAGCGUCCACCACUGGAGGAGCUGGUACGAGGCACCGAUGCCGGCCAUGGCGUCCGUGACGGGGAUUUGCGGCGACUGCUUCCUCGGGCGGCAUCGCUUCGCCGAGGACACCCUCCUGGCCAACGGGUACAGCAUCACCCAGUACCCGGAGGGGCUCCACAAGAUCGACCUGGACAGGAUGGAGGGCACGUGGAGGAACCCGGGCCGCGACUUCGACUUCAGCUACGGCCCGCUCCGCGAUCGCCUGAGCCCAGAGCAGAAGAAGAGCUACCGCCUGCUGGACGCCGAGGUCACCAAAUCCGGCGCCUUCCGGCAAAUCUACGUCUACAAGGGCAACGCGGAGGAGGGCGAGUCGGACGAGGUGGUGGAGCUCCUCUGGGAGAAGGAGUGACAAGGUCGCCACAUUCAUCAUAGAGGAGGGCGCAAGGGCACGACGACGCAUACAUCUGAGGUUUGAACGGCGUUGCGGGUGGGAUAAUCUUUUUCACCGUUUAAGGGUAUUGGUUUGGUUCUCUGCGGAUCUUGUUUGCCAAUGCAUGUACAGAUACAGUUUACGAAUAAUGUGCCGGUAGAAUUUCCUUGGUAGAUACGAAAUGCAACAUGCAAAAUGCCUACUAUUUAUUUCCA